UUUUUGAGUUUGUUUAUCAAAUUAAUGCGAGAUGUUUCUAUCGACGUGGGGCUAUAAUUGUGCAUAUUUCCUGCUUUUACUUUUUUAUUUUAAGUAUGUGUCAUUACUCUUGAGUAUCAUUGGUCAAGAAUAAUGACAGUUGUUAGUGAAAGAACCUUGCAGCAAAGGCAUACAUUUCUUUUCAUUUUCAUAUGUGUAAUAGUAAUUGCAGUUAUUGGUGUAACUAUUUCUGUUCUACUCAUCCAUCCUCCUCAAACUGGUGAAGAUGAUUAUAUUGGCAGGACAAAUAUUUUAUUUAUUGUUGUGGAUGAUUUAAGGCCAGCUUUAGGAUGUUAUGGAGAUAAAAAGGCAAUUACUCCAAAUAUAGACUUUUUAGCGUCUAAAAGUGUGAUAUUCAAGAAUGCUUUUGCACAGCAAGCAUUAUGUGCUCCCAGCCGUACUUCAUUCUUGACCAGUCGUAGACCUGACACAUUACAUUUAUAUGAUGCUGGAAGUUAUUGGCGUGAUACUGUUGGAAAUUUCAUAACUAUACCUCAACUGUUUAAGAACCAUGGUUAUGAGACUAUCAGCAUUGGAAAAGUAUUCCAUCAUGGAAGUGUUUCGAAUUAUACAGAUGAUUAUCCAUACAGUUGGACAGAGUAUCCUUAUCGACCACCAACUCAAAAAUGGAAAAUGAAACCGGUAUGCCCGUCAGCUGAUGGCAAGAAACGUAUGAAUUUAGUUUGUCCUGUGGAAGUAGAAAAUCAACCUGGAGAGAGUCUUCCUGAUAUUGAAAACACCAACUAUGCUAUUCAAUACUUGAGAAAUAAAAGCAUGAGUAUAAAUAGAUCCACUCCUUUCUUUCUUGGAGUUGGCUUCUAUAAACCUCAUAUUCCAUUUAAAUUUCCCAAGGCGUAUCUAGAUUUGUACCCAAUUGAGUCAAUGGAUUUAGCUCCUAAUAGCACUAUUCCUUCCAAAAUGCCUAAAGUUUCUUGGAAUCCAUGGACAGAUAUCCGUGAAAGAGAUGAUGUGAAAAAUCUAAAUGUGAGCUUUCCAUAUGGUCCUUUGCCUACAAAUUUCCAGAAACUGGCUCGCCAAGGAUAUUAUGCUUCUUUAUCCUACAUGGAUGACCAAUUAGGAAAGUUGCUUGAAGUCCUUGAAGAAACUGGAUACGCAAAACACACUGCAAUUGUGUUAUUUGGAGAUCAUGGUUGGUCUCUUGGCGAACAUCAAGAGUGGUCCAAAUAUAGCAAUUUCGAAGUUUCACUGAAAGUACCUCUUAUAGUUCAUGUGCCUGAUCUCACUGAAACCUCAAAUAAGCGCAAGCCUUUCAAACAUGUGCCUGUUCUUGAUAUGAUAGGGAAGGAAAAUGCAAUACAAGUUCCAAAAUAUGUGUCAGAAGAUCUGGUUGAACUCGUUGAUGUUUUCCCUACGCUGUCUGAAAUAGCUAAUAUUGCUGUUCCUCCUUUAUGCAAAAAUUUUACUUCUGAUUUCUGUUCAGAAGGUAUUAGCUUCUAUCCGGUGAUUCAACAUUUAGUUUAUGAUCCUUGGGUCGAGUUUUCGUGGAAAACAGCAACAUUUAGUCAAUAUCCAAGACCCUCAAUUGCUCCUCGUAACAAUAGUGAUCAACCCAAGUUAAAAGACAUAAUCAUCAUGGGUUACUCUAUCAGGACAAAACACUUUCGUUAUACAGAAUGGGUUAAAUUUGAUAAUCAAGCUUGUAAACCUGACAGAGCUGUUAUUGUGUCACGAGAACUAUAUGAUCAUAGGACAGAUCCUUUUGAGGUUGUAAAUGUUUCCGAUGUUGAGUCAUAUGCAAAUACUGUGAUAGAGUUAUCCAGGAGAAUCAAAAAGGGAUGGCGGAAUGCUUUACCUCCAGGUCUUUUUGAUUCGCCAAAAUACGUUGAUCCUGCGACUUAUGUUGCUGAGAAACAAUAGAUUUACUCACUACCACAUUGUCCUUAAUGUAGCAGUAUCUGUAUAUUAAUUUUAUGUUGUGCCAUUUUUGUACUUUUUAAGUGGGCUAUUUUUAAAUAGCAUUGUGUUUUUAAUAUCAAGUAUAUGGAAUAUGUUAGUUUUUUGAGUUAAAAUAACUGUUCUUUAAUACAUAAGUAUCAAUGUAGAGCAACAUUUAAAUUUCAAGAGUGAAAUUUGCAUGUACAUAUACAUUCCUUUCGAUAGGAUUUUAAGGAGUUUCUAAUAACAUAUUUUGAUGUAUUCGUCAGGGCCGAUCCUAGGGUGUCGGCUGCCCGCGUGCAAAGACCAAAUGUGCCACCCCUCUAAAGCAUUUUACAAUUUUUGACUAAGGUUUAACGUCCUUAUCCAUCUUCCUUAAGUUUCUGUAUUAAGUUUAAAGGAAAGGGAUCACAAUAAGGAUGUAAUUAUAAAAAGUAAGAAAAGUUUAUUCUAGUAAGAUACUCUUCAGGUAUCUUGGAAGAAAGUAAUACAUUACAAAAGUGACGACUAGUUGUAAAAACGCAUUUUAGUCUGUCUUUGGUGACGUCAGAUGAAGGACAAUUGGGAGGGAGUUGUCUCCCCCGAAAAUUUUUCAAAAUUGAUGCAUGAUAAACAAUUUUAAUUAAUCUUUGGUUGUGUUGGGUUGCAAGGAGAAGAGAGUGGGGAAUUUUCAAGGUCCAAGGAUAAGGUUUCAAAUUUGAGGUCAAAAAUCGAAGUUUUAGAUUGAAACUUUAGGAGAAAGCAAUGUUGGGAUUUCUUCCUGAAAUUCUUUUGAAAUUGAAACCGAAGCCAUUUUUUGUGAGGCAGAAAGAUUGCAACUCUUCCCGAAAAUUUUCCGAAACUGAAGUUUUAAAUAUGCAAUUUUUGGCUGUCGUAGUUGAUAUUACAGGAAUGAGGGAGAUUAGCUCCUCCCUUAUCGAAAAUUUUUCAAAAUUCAAGUCUAACACACAAAUUUAGGCUAAAUUUGGCUCUUUAGUGAUGGCAGGGGGACUGGGAGAUUUCCUCCAGAAGUUUCUGGGUACUGUAGUUUUAAAAACACAUUUUUGGGCUAUACUUGGUAAAGAUCAAGGAAACGUGAAGACAUUAGCUGGAAAUAACUAGCCCAAAAAUAUUUUUUGAAACUGAAAUCAAUUUUAGGCUAUUUUGUGGUGAGAAGGGUUUGGGGUUCCGAGAGGGAUAUCUCUAAAAGCGAGGACUGGGAAGCUUUGGUGGACCUUUUUAAAUAUUUAUUGACAUUAAAAUCUGAAAAAAUAUAAUUAUAGACUAUCUUCGUUGACGUAACAGGAUUCCCUGAUGUCACAAAAAGUAACAUAUAAGCAGGCGGCUAAUUUUUUAGAAAUUGAGGUCUCAAAAAGGUACUUUAGGCAUUGUUGGAUAACGAUAAGACAAUGAGCAAGUGCCCUUGGUGUGCUGUUUUUUGAAACUGAAGUCAAUUUCAGGCUAGUUUUGGGAAGAAAGGGGUUGGUAGCUCCAUGGAAAAGUCUACUAAUGACAUUUUAAGCUAUCUGUGAUAACGUUGGAGAAAAGAGGGAUCCAGGGACCCUUCCCCAAAAGUUCUUUGAAACUGAUGUUUGAAAAAACGCAAUUUAAGCCUGUUUUCGAAGACGUUAAGGGGAGAAGGUGGGAUUAAGAACCUCUCUAAAGAUGCUAAUUCAGAAUAUCUUUGGUAGUUAUGUUAGGAAAUGGAACAAUCUUUCAUGUCAUUUAGAGAAGGAUCAGGGUUCAGAGAUGUCCCCAGAACACACAUUUUGAAGGACCUUUAGGGACUUCAGGCAUGGAGAACUGUUAAUUGUUAGAAAUUAAAAUCGCAAAAAAAAAAUAAAAAAAUUUUAGGCUGCAUUUGGUCAAUUAAGGCAGAGUGGGGGUGGGGGGGGGGUAUGUACCUGGUGCAGGAGGCUUAAGAUCGGGUCCUUAACAUCGGUUCAACUGUUCAACCAAGGAAAUUUUCCAUUUAUUAAAGACCUAAAAACGCAAUUUUAAAUUUUCUUUAGUCUUGUCAAGGAGGUCAUGUCCUCCUUUGGAUCCAUGUUUUGGAGCCACCCUUGAAUUUGCUACCCCAAGUACAGGCUUUGCCCCCUCUGAAGUCGGGCAGUUCAUUAUGGAUGUAACUGUCUCCAUAACAAAUUGCCGUGACAGGAAAAAAAUUACAAAAUUUUAGUUUGUUAUUCAUAUAUAUUUGACUCUCAAGGGAAUUGUGAUUGUCCAUUGUCUCUCAGUGUAGCCAGGCUAAUUGCACACAAAUUUAUUGUUUGAAGUGCUUGAGAAUGUGUUUUAUUAGUAUAGAUUUUUUAAACCAAAGUAUGUCUUCAUUAUUUUGUUUCUGUAACAGUUUACGGUGGGAACGGGGGAGCAUUAGGGCCCUCCCUCAGUGCUCCUUUUAGAAGGCACCCUUUAAUGCUUCAGGAGGGAAUCACUGUCCUCAUUGCCUCUCCCCUGUACCCAUUCUUGAUUGCUGACUCUGCUACAAAUUUGCCAUCAAAUGAAGCAUGUAUGUAAAGAGUAGAUAUUAAUGGGACAAUGAACCAGCACACUUGUUCACUCACUUUCUAAUGCUAUGCUAUUGGCAAACGGGAAUUACAGUGCCCGCCGCUUAUUAAAAUCACAUUGGUUCAGAAGAUAUUUGAUUUUAUAAAGCGGCUGAUUUUAUAAAAUGGCAUACCAAAACUCAAUUUAAAAAAUUAUAGAUUUUGAAGUUCAAAUACUCUAAAGACGAAAUGAGGUACUUCAUUUAUUUUUGUUUCGAGUGUUUCAAAUUCAGUUAUUUUGAGCAUGAGGUACAUUUUUUUCAAUUUGCACAAGGGUCUUAAUCAAAUACAAUAUGCCAAUAUUUUAACAGAAUUGCAGAGUAAAGAACAAUAUCGUUCGCAAGUUUACAAAAUGUUUAUAAGUUUUAACAUUAUAUUUUCCUCUUGGCUCAAAAGUGCAUCGUAUACAAGCACUUUUCUGAUAUGUAAUGAAGAGAGCACAUUCGGCUCUGACAUUUCCUCAUCUUCAGAGGCCAAUUCCUUCCCUUCUUGGUGCAUCUUUAUCAAUUUUUGGCGUAUUAUAUCCAAAAGUUUGAUUUUAUAAAACGGCGAUAAUGAUUUUAUUCAAGGAUGGUUUUAACAUGUUUUGAUGUUGCGAUGAUUCUGUUCUUCCAAAUUUGAUUUUAAAAAGCGGCCGAUUUUAUAAUCCAGUGAUUUUAUUUGUGGCAGGUACUAUAUUUUGAUUUUAGAAAAAAUAAAAAUCAGCAUAAUUAUUCGACUUCUUAUUAGUUAUAUUGUAAAAAGUUCUUGAAGAAUUUUGUUUAAUUCAUAGAACUAUAUGUGACCUCCAACCGCCCCGUGCUGUUGGCCGCCUGUGUGCGGUGCAUGAGCCGCAAACCUGCUAGGAUUGACCCUGGUAUACAUGUAAUCUAAUUUAGAUCUAAAAAACAUAAAGGAGCCCAUAAUAAAAAAGAAACCAAAAAAUCAAUAACAUUAUCGGAACAUUUUAGAAACUGCCUUUUCACUUUGCACCCAUUCCUCAUGCCAGCCUAUUUUACACAUAUUAUAGUCUGUUUAAUGUUUUGUCAUUGUUUUCAUUCUAAAGAAAUAUGAGUGUUCUAGUAUUGAUGCUUUUUUUUUUUUUUUUUUUUUUAAUGUUUUAAUGUUUGGUUCCUAUGUCUAUGAUUUUGGAGGUUAAAUUACCUGUGGAGUUAGUUAAGUGUAUUUUCAAUAGUAAAAUUCACCAAAGUUUUUUGGUUGGACAGUUUUUCAAGAUCUUACUUUUGUACAUUACAUCUGUACAUACCUGUAAAUUUGUACAAAUAAAUAUAUGUGUAUGUGUGUUUAGCAAUUAACAGAUUUUAGUACUUUAUUUGCAAUAGUUAUACAAAUGCUUUUGUCCUUAUCAAAAAUAAAAUA